CUCCCGCUUGGCGGCCCUUGGCCCUAGGGUGGCGCUGGGCGGGGCGGCCCCACGCCGAGGCCGCGCUAUUCCUGUCGCGGUGAGCUACGGGCAUGUUAUGUGCGGCGUCCAAUCACGCCUCCGACCCGCCACGCUGACCCGCGCCCCCCCCUUCUCUAAUCCCCCAGGCUUUGAUGUGAUCCUCGGCGCGGAACACGCUCACCCCCCUGCCCCGCGGCCAGUUGUCCCCGCUGUCGCAGAUGCCCGCAGAACCCGUCCUCCUCGUCCACCCCGGGAGGUCAGAACGCUCUCCCUGCACUCCCGGGCGGCCCCUGAGCCGGGCCACGUCUGCACCUCGGGGCCGUCGGAGAUCCAGCAGGUACCCUGGCUUGGCCCUUCCAGGUGAUGGUGUGUGGCCACCACGGCCCUUGGUAUGCCUUUGGGGGCUCCCCGAGCUGGGACCGGGAGGGAGCUUUGGCCCACGCACUGGGAGCCUCAGAAACCAAAGCCUGCACCCCCACCCCCGCGGGAGACUCCACCCUCCGUGGCCUCCUUUCCUAGGGGCUUCUGAAAACCGUUCCCAAUGAACUUGCUCAGAGGACACGGGGCGACCCGCAGUCCUGGAGGCAGGAGCCUUGAGCUUGAAACUGAGCAGGCUAAGACGGGCGCCUGCUAGGGGCUCCGUGCCCUGCUGCUCCCCGUCCGGCGCGGCCGUUUCCCACGCUGGGCACCAUGAGUUACUUCCUCUCGUACUGCAAAGCGCACGGCGGCGCGCUGCUCACCGGCUACCAGGCCCUGCGAGCCGAGGGCUUCCUGUGCGACGUGACGCUGGAAGCCCAGGGCACUGAGUUCCCGGCGCACCGCUCUCUCCUCGCAUGCUCCAGCGACUACUUUAGGGCCCUGUUCAAAAGCCACACCCGGGAGUCCCGGGAACGCGUGAUCCACCUGCACGUGCCGUCGGCGGCCGGCCUGCAGCGCCUGCUGGACUUCAUCUACACAGCCUGGCUGCCACUCUCCCUGGACACCUUGGAGGACACGCUGGAGGCUGCCAGCUACCUGCAGGUCACCGAGGCCCUGGGGCUGUGCGGCCGCUACCUGGAGCGUCAGCUGGCCCCUGACAAUUGCUGCUUCGUCGCCAACGUGGCGGCGCGCUUUGGGCUGACGCACACCCUGGGCGCCGCCGAACGCUGCAUCGUGCGCCAUCUGCGGGACCUUAUAGCCCGGGGCCCGGGGCCCGCGGGCCUGCUGGAGCUCAACCCUGCGUCGUUCAAAGUCGUAUUGGGCGCCCCAGAGGUGACGCGAGUGCCUGAGGCUCGGCUCCUCGGCCUGGCUCUGGCCUGGCUAAGGCAGGAGCCCCAAGCCCAACGCCUGACGCACUGCAACGAGCUGCUCGAGCGCAUCCGCUUCGGCCUGGUGCCCGCCCAUCUGCUGCGGCGCGUCUACUCGGGCAGCGGCCUGGUGUUGCCCACCCGCAUCAAGUGCCUCAUCAUCCAAGCCCUCAACUACCACACGGCGCCUUCCCGCCAGCCGCUGCUACAGGGCGAGCAGACGAGCGUGCGGAGCCCCCAAACCCGCAUCCUGUUGCUCGGGGGGCGCAGGGCUCGGGAGCUGGCGGCGGAGGAGCUGCAGGCCCGGCAGAGAGCGGCGGCGGCGCGUAGGGUCCCUGCCCCGGAGCCCGAGGCAGCGGGAGAGGGAGACGAGGAGGAGGGGGAGGAGGGAGAGGAGGAGGAGGAGGAGGAGGAGGAGGUGGAGGGAGAGGUGGAGGCGGGCCCGGAGGAAGAGGACGAGGUCAGGGAGGAGGAGUGGGAGCUCACCCGAGACGUGGUGGCCUUCGACGUGUACAACCAUCGCUGGCACAGUCUCACGCGGCUGCCAGCGCCGCUGCUGGGGCACUGCGUGUGCGUCGUGGGCAAUUUCCUGUUCGUGCUGGGCGGGGAGAGCCCAUCGGGCGGGGAGUGUGCACCCGGGGCCGCAGGCCCGCGAGCGGUCACCGCCCACGUGCACCGCUACGACCCGCGUUUUCACGCCUGGACGGCGGUGCCCGCGAUGCGGGAGGCGCGGGCCCACUUCUGGUGCGGCGCCGUGGCCGACGGGCUCCUGGCCGUGGGGGGUCUGGGCGCGGGCGGCGAGGCGCUGGCCUCGGUGGAGAGAUACGACCUGCGCUGGGACCGCUGGACGGAGGCGGCGGCGCUGCCCCGGCCCCUGCACGGCCACGCGGGCGCUGUCGGGGAGCGCGGCGCGGUCUACAUCUCCGGCGGCAAGGCCGGCGGCGGCGAGGCCGGCGGGAACAGCCUCCGGGACGUGUACGUCCUGGGCUCGGGGGAGCACGCGUGGAGUAAGAGGGCCCCCAUGGGCACCGCCCGCUUCGGGCAUCACAUGGCAGCGCUGCGCGGCGCGGUGUUCGCCUUCCUGGGCCGCUACGAGCCCUUCUCCGAGAUCGAGCGCUAUGACCCCGCCAGCGAUCAGUGGACUCGCCUGCGGCCGCUGCCCUACGACCGCUUCUGCUAUGGGCUGGCGGUGGUGGAGGAGACAGCGCUGCUGUUGGGCGGCCUCAAGUGGCGGGACUCGCACCAGGUGCCCACCCGCAACGUGGUGGGCUACGACCUGGACCUGGACCGCUGGGAGGACAUCGGCUGCGAGCUGCCCUGGGCCUGGAGCGGCCUGCAGUGUGCAGUGCUGCAGCUGGCCGAGGGCGCGGAUGACGGGGACCAAGAGUCCGCAGAGGCGCCCGACCUGGCGCUGGACUUCACAGGCUAGGGCCACCGAGGAGUGGCAAGAAAGGAAGCGGCUCUGGACCAGGUGCAGAGCAAGCGACGC